AUGAAUCUAAUGUACCUGGGCAGCUACAGGAAAUAUGACAGCCAUUUGAUCCCUUCAAUGAGCACUCAUCAGUGGCAGAGAUUGAAAGAAGCAGAGCUGUUGAAAAAGGAGGGCAACGAGCUCUAUGCAAUUAAUGACAUUGACGGUGCCGUCGCCAAGUAUGAGGAAGCCCUGCAGAAAGCGCCAGAAGCAAGCACAAAACAGCGUGCUGUGUACUAUGCAAAUCUGGCCGCGUGCCACUUGAAAUGCAGGCAAUUUGAGGACGCAGUUCAGGAUAGCACAGCUGCUCUGGAGCUGGAUCCUGACUAUGUGAAAGCCCUCAUGCGGCGCAGUGCUGCUUAUGAAGAGCUGGAUGACAUGGAGCAUUCCCUUGCAGAUAGCCAGAAAGUGAUAGAGCUGGAUCCUGACAACACGCUUGCCAAGAACACAGUGCUGCGGCUGACACCUGUUGUGAAGGAAAGGCAAGAAAAGAUGAAGGACGAAAUGCUAGGCAAGCUGAAAGACCUGGGAAACACAUUGUUGGGCAAGGUCGGGCUGUCGCUGGACAACUUCAAGGCCGAGAAGGACCCCAACACUGGAUCCUAUUCCAUCAACUUCAGUCAAUGA